UCAAAAACACUGAAUUUUUGGUGCACAAUCGUGUCUGCCCUUCAUUUCGGUUCUAUCCGAGGUCUCACCACUAAUAGACAGUGUCACAUUUUUCUGCAAUAAGUUUGACCUAUCGUGAGGUUACUACCAUCCUCCUGCCGAGGAAGGGGCUCUUUCUUCUUCUUGCAGGGGGGAGGAGACUAAUAAUCCGAAAUUUCGGGUGACGUAAGCUUUGAACGGUGGCGAAUCGAUAUCCAUGAUGCGCGGCGGUCAGCUGGGCGCGUGUUUACAUAAUCGUUGACUCCAGGUUGAUUCGGUAGGGUUUCCCGGCAUAACUUUGGUCGGCCACAGGGAUCGAGUUUCCGGUGGUGGCGAGGCAAUGCCCCCCGACGUUGCCGCCACGUCCAACCAAAACAUUAGAUUUAGCGGAAAAACUAAGAAUUUUCGUCCGACAUGGCCAUCAACUUCACCUGGAUCCCGUAUUCAAAGUGUGGUCGCUAGCAUUGCGUCCCUGCUGUCAACGUCACUUGCACAGUUCUUCCCGGUGUUUUUGUGCCGUGAUGCGGUAGCCCAGGAGCCAGGAUCAGCUGAUGCAGGCUCAAGAUGACAUUCCAAAUAUCUCAACGUUGCGGGUAAAACUAUGCUGUAGUGAUGAAUAUGAAGUAAAGCUAUGAGCAAUGAAGAAGUGCCUCUGUUGAGCGGUGUCGGAGGUGGUGUCGGAAAAUCGAAAUGUUCCUUCAAAGGCCUGUCCCUGUUUUUCGCCUCCCUGUGCGUGAUCGACCUCUUCGGGGUCUUCCCGAUCGUAGCCCUUCCGAGAGCGAUUGUCGAUUGUGGUUGGCUGGGCCUUCCUCUAGCAUUUACCGUAUUUACUUUACAAAUUUACACAGCCCUCCUCCUCGGCCGAUCAUGGGUCAUGGCUGAGAUGAUCGAGCCCUCAAUCGUGGAAAAGAGUAGGUAUCCAUAUGCCGCAUUGGCAGAACUAACUUUCAACACACGAAUGAGAAAGUUCGUCACAUUCCUGCUGGAUAUUACGAUAUUUGGGGGUGGAGUCCCUAAUCUCCUAGUCGCCUCACAAAAUUUGCAAAUAUUGGGAUUGAAGAUAAGCAAUUUUGAAUGGGAUGUUUCUUAUUGUUACUGGAUGCUCCUGUUAGGAGUAGCUCUAUGUCCUGCCAUGUGGCUUGGCAGUCCAAAGGAUAUGAAGUGGUUAGCUGCGUCAUCAGUCUGUAUUGUGGUGACUGUGGGUGCUCUAACCUGGUAUUUGCUAUUGCAUGAACCGUUGCCCCCAGGUGCUGUGCCUCCCGAUCUACCAGAAGUCUCAUGGCAGUCUCUAGCUAUAGCAUAUGGGAUUCUCGCCUUCCAGUUUGAUAUCCAUCCAAUGAUAUUGACAGUGCAAGUAGAUAUGGAAAAGAAAAAUAAACUAGGGCAUGCAAUUUUAGCCGGAUUUCUAGUGAGUGGUGGUCUCUCAAUCGUGACAUGCAUCAUCAUCUACUUGCGGUUCGGAACCAGCAUCAAUUACAAUAUCUUGCCGGGGCUUCAGCCGCACAUCUUGCUCUACGUUGAUGCUUUUCUGGUAACCCUUCAAAUUUGCUUAUCAAUGGUCGUUGGAGGCACAGCGCUUUUUCAAGACGUUGAGGACAAACUUGGGGUUCCGAGAGAUUUCAAUUGGAAACGAUGUGUGGUACGAAGUAGUAUCCUGAUGACGGCCGUAUUAAUCGGUGAGGCGGUGCCGCGGUUUGACCUGGUCAUGGGGCUCCUCGGCGGUGCCCUCACCGGGCCUCUUAUGUUCAUCCUACCUCCGAUCAUACACUACAGACUUCGCUCCAUUCUUUGGCGCAAACAACUUAUUGCCCGGAUUGAUAGGUACGAAGCUGACGGCGCUCGUCUCCGCGAAGAGCUCCUCCGGAAAACAACGCUGCCUCCUCAACAACUGAGCUACGCGCCUAACGCUUUCGGGUUGGUGACAAACGACAUGUCAACGGGCAAGGAGCCGAUACCCACAGGCCCGGCUUCAGGGAGCUUCAGCUCGGAGACCUCCAGCAGCCUGGGGUCCCUGCCGCAGCCCUACUUGCCCCCCUCGGAGCUGCUCGACCCCCCACUGGCGCCUCGGUCCCUGGUGCAACACCUCGUGGGACUCGUAUCCACGGAAGUCGACGAGUCGGUGUCCCAACUGGGAUGCUGCGAGCUGGCUAUGACGUUCGUGAUCGUGGGUGCUGGGAUAACGGCUACGGUCGUUGCCACGUACUACGCCCUCGUCGGGAACAUCGCGUAUGCCACGUUCUCGCCGCCGUGUAUCGUCAGUGUGAACGAGGCUUCUAGGGCCAUUUUCGACGAGCUCGUGACGUAGUGGAAAUUGACGGCUUCUGAUGGAAUGCCGCCUGAUUGUUGAGAUUUAUGGAAAACAAAUUAAUCAGCCAAAAUUCGUAUCCUAAAAUAACAAGUUAAUUUGGGGGAAAAGGCUGCAAAAAAAAAAGAAGAAAAAAAUAACCCAAAAGAUAAACAAAAAACUUGGAACGUUUCAGAGUAUUAACACUUCCAUUUUCAACCGGAAAAUAAAAAUAAAAAUGAGCCGUCGAUUCGCUGUUUUUGCGAAACCGAUAACAUGGAAUAUUUUGGAACGUUCCGGGUUUUUUUUUAUCCUUUGUUGUUGUUGUUGUUGUUGUUGUUUUUUUUUUUUUCCCAUACCUUUUCCCCAAUUAAGUUAUUAUUUUAGUUAACAUUUAUGUUGGCACGACUAAGAAUCGAAAAUCGAUGCAUUACAUGGCGCAGAUAGGGUUAUGUCUUGUACUAUCUUGCCGACAUAGUCAGUUGAAGUUUCAACAAUCAGGCUACAGGGGUCGUUUGUCCAUCCAGUGAUUCAAAAAGGAGUUUACCACUUCCUGCAGAUUUUACUGAAAAAAAACUAGGGUUUUAAAUUGUUUUCUCGUGUAAGGUAGCUUCGAAAAAUAAAAACAAUGUGAGGCUAGAGAAAAAAAAAAGGAGACAGAAUAUAGCAGCUUUUUUUGGGGUGGGGAAGGGGGUGUUUUUGGAUUCGCCAUUUUCGGGCAGGUUUAAAAACUAGCUCUAUUAUAAUCGAGAAGGCCUUUAAACGAGUCUCAUUGUUUCAGAUUUUUCAAAAUUAUGAGAGCUUCAGUCAAAUGUAAAAUGUUAUAGAAAACUACUAUUUUUUUCUAGUGCUUUGCUUAUCUUUAACCAUAUUGCCGCGUUGAAACGACAAUCAUGAAAUGACAUUCAUGUACUAUCAUGGUUUUAGAUAAUUUCAUUUUUUACGAACUUUUCAAUUUUAUUGCGUGCAUUCACUAAUUAACUGUCCCAUUUGCCACUGCCGGUUGCAAAUGAAAUAAGAGUUUUCUUAUCAUUUUAGAAUGACGCAUCUAUGGAUUAAUAUGACAGAACAAUUUCAUUUUCUGAUUCGAAUUUCCUACUUAAAACUGUUUGCGUUAAGUCUUCUUUUGUUCUUUUUUACUUUUGUA